GGGUGAUGGUGGGCGGUGGAGAGCAAAGAGGCCUGCUGGAGCUUAGUGGAGAGAUUAGAGAAAUGCCCCGGGCCCAUUUUCCACAAAUGUGGACAAGGUGAUGUCACUACAUGCUCCACAGAGGGAUCUCCCACGGACGGAGAGAGAAGGAGAAGCGUCACGCAGGAAAAAGCCAGGAGACGAAAACCCCCGAACCGGAUUUACCGCGAACUGCGUUGACAUCGACACGCGAGACCGGAUACGCGUCUGCCGACGGAUUAAUGCGGUCGCGAGCGCGCGCACUCAUCGACACUUGAAGCUGGUGGCCGGAGUGAGCUGAGGCGGUUAAGGAGGAGCGACACCAUGUGGCUUCUCGGCCCCUCUCUGAUUUUGUUGGCCGUCAGCUUUGGAUCAUGCGACACGCUGACAUCACAGCAAGAUGUACAGUGCCCGUCCUUGCAGGUGGACGAGUGGAGGUUUCCCCAGACGACCAGGCACAACAUCACUGGUUUUAAUCUGGUGAGGCGAUUCUCCCUGCUCAAGAGUGCGGAUGUCAAGAAGAUCCGCAACCCUCGCGGACCCACCAUCCUCCGCCUAGGCAAGACAGCACUCCUACGCCCUAUUGAUCAGGUGUUUCCCGACGGCCUUCCUGAGGAGUUCACCUUGAUCUUCACCCUGGCUUUAAAGAAGUCCGCCCUCAGGGACACCAUCUACCUAUUCCAGAUAUCUGAUCAGCAGGGAUACCCACAGCUCUCUGUGGACCUCAAUGGCCCUGAUGGCACACUGUCUCUGAGAGCCAGAGGGGUCAAGCCUGACACUGACCUGCUGAGCUGUGUGUUCAACGGGGCGGGUGUGGAGGCACUAAUGGACCUGCGCUGGCAUAAACUGGCCCUCAGUGUUCAACGGGACACCGUCUCCCUCCAUGUGGACUGCAGCUCCAUUGAGACCAAGCCCCUGGAGCCACGUGGAGUUCUCCCCACUAACGGACACACUCUGCUGGGUAUUCGAGCCUCUGAUGCUGGCCCUGUGCAGUUGGACAUUCAGCAGGUGAUGCUGUAUUGUGACCCGUCCCUUGCCAUCCAAGAGGCCUGUUGUGAGAUACCUGGAGCUCGGUGCCCGCCCGAUGUUUCCAAAAGCCGACGUGCUGCUGAAAAUGAUCUGCUGGACAACACGUUUGCCCAGGACAUUUUUGCAUCAAAAGAUGUAGCAGAGAAAUGUGCAGGUUGUUUAUUCCUGAAUAGGGAGGAAAAUGCGGGAGGUUUAGGUGGAGCUGCUGGGCUGAAAGGAGAAAAAGGUGACCGGGGUGACGGCUGUUCUGGCUCCCAUUCAGGUCCAUGCACAGAGGGACCCAAGGGCCAGAAGGGAGAGAAAGGCGAGGCGGCGAUGUCUGCCAACUGGGGGGAAGCAGCUGGGUACAAGGGAGAAAAAGGUCAGAAGGGAGAGAUCGGUCUUCGGGGUCUCACCGGCACUCCAGGAAAGGAUGGUCAAGCAGGGAGCACCUGUAUAGUCGGCCCAAAGGGACAGAAGGGCACCCCAGGUGUAGUGGGUCCCGAAGGGUUGGCUGGAGAGCCAGGAAAGCCCGGACUUCCAGGCCUGCCCGGAUCAGGAAAACCCGGUCCACCCGGCCCUCCAGGUGAACCCGGUGGUGCCAAAGGAGACAAGGGAGAUGCGGGACCUCCAGGAGAAGGCGGACAUCCAGGAGAUCCAGGACCAAGAGGACCAGUGGGCUCUAAAGGAGCAAAGGGUGACCCGUGUGAAGUGUGCCCUGUACUGCCUGCAGACUUGGGCAACACGGUGGCUCUGCAAGGGAAGCCUGGCCCUAAGGGAGAGCCUGGAUCACCAGGGACAGGAGAGAGAGGUCUGCCUGGUGCAAAUGGCAAAGCUGGACAGAAGGGUGAACCAGGAUCAGGUGGCACCAAAGGGGAAAAGGGAGAACCUUGUUCUGUUUGCCCCACUCUUGGGGAGCUGACCCCCAAUCUUGUCCCCGCUGGCUCUCAAAAGCAGCACAAAGGUGAAAAGGGAGAGGCUGGGAUUGGACAAAAAGGAGAGCAAGGUGAGCCUGGAAAUGUAGGAUCACCUGGCCUUAAAGGAGAGAAGGGCAGUGCAGGAAGCAAAGGAGCAGAUGGGAAGCCGGGAAAACCUGGACUGAGGGGACCCGGUGGCAAGGAUGGACAAAGAGGCACAAAGGGAGAGCCAGGGCAAUCUGGUCUAGGUCCUCCUGGGCCAAAGGGUGAGAAGGGCGAGUGUGGCGUAUGCCAGCCAUCCGAGGUUGGCAGCGGUCCUACUGGUAUCAAAAUGCCUGAAGGAACGGCAGACAAGCCAGGCAAGCCAGGCGAACCGGGCCCUCCGGGGCCACCCGGGCCCCCAGGUCUUGGAGCUGAGGGUAAACAGGGCCCCCCAGGUCUUGAUGGUACAAAGGGAGAAAAGGGUGAGCAAGGAGAUAAAGGAGACAAAGGAUUGGAUGGAGCUCCUGGAUCCCCAGGAAUUUCUGGAGAGCAGGGUCCGGAAGGAAAAAAGGGCUUAAAAGGAGAAAAGGGUGAUGCUUGUACUAGCUGUCCUUCUUCGGGUGUUGCUGUGGGUGAAGGUGUAGCUGUGCCAGGCCCUAAGGGAGAGAGAGGAGAUCCUGGGCCCUCAGGAGAAGGAAGGCCUGGUAAAAAUGGAAAACCAGGUUUGCCAGGUGUGCAGGGUCCUGUUGGUCCCAAAGGAAACAAGGGAGAGGCUGGAGUUGCAGGCGUUGGGCUUCCUGGACCUCAAGGCAUAGAGGGACCAAGAGGGAUCCCAGGACUUGUAGGACCACCUGGAGCCAGAGGACUGCCAGGCCCUGUUGGCUCUGGAGGGGAAAAGGGCUCAAAAGGAGAUGUUGGGCUUCCAGGACCACAGGGGCCUAUGGGCAUAGGAGCACAAGGACCUCCAGGUAAAGAUGGAGCCCCUGGCUCCAAAGGAUUACCAGGAGCUGAUGGCAAACGCGGACUUGAUGGAGCUAAGGGGGACAAGGGUGAACCUGGGGAGUGCGGGUGCAUACCUCAGUCGCACCCCGGCGUUGGUGGACCUGGAGCUCCAGGAACAAUAAACAUGUUGCAGCCCGGGCCUCAGGGCCCUCCAGGACCUCCUGGCCCCCCUGGGCCCCCUGGCCCUCAGGGUGUUAAUGGAAUCCAAGGGCCGCAGGGUAUCCCUGGAAACGACGGGAUACCGGGAAAACCGGGUUUGCCUGGAUACAUCAGUCCUGGGCCGCACCAACUGCCUCAGGACUCCGUUCUAGGAGAGGGUGAUGACGACUGUGAAGGGGGCUGUUCCCAAGGGUUACCAGGGGUACCGGGCAUGGCAGGUGCCAAGGGUGAAAAAGGAGAUCAGGGCAAGCCUGGUGUAACCCCCUUGGACAGCUGUGACAGGUGUUUAGAGAGGCUGCAGAGAGCGGACUCACAAGCGACACAAGCAGGGAAUGAUCGAUCCUGCACAGGAACACCCGGAAUUCCAGGAACGCCAGGGUCACCUGGAAUUAAAGGAGACCAAGGUUCACCAGGAGAGAGAGGGCAAUCUGGAAUACCAGGAAACAUGGGACCUCCUGGUUUCCCAGGUCCUCCAGGCUCGUCUGGUUUACCUGGUCAGCAGGGUGAGCGUGGUGUGCAAGGCUUCCCAGGGUUGAAGGGAGAGCAGGGGGCUUCUGGAACACCGGGAUACCCGGGAGCCAUGGGAUCACCUGGACUGCCUGGACUGAAGGGUGAACGCGGCAGCCCAGGAAGCAGUGGUCAGAAAGGAGAGUCAGGCCCUCCUGGUAACCCUGGGUAUCAAGGACAAGCCGGCUCACCGGGUAAUAAAGGAGAUGCAGGACCAGCUGGCCCAGUUGGACCCAAAGGGGAUCAGGGCUUCCAAGGACCACCAGGCUUCCCAGGACCACCGGGCCCACCUGGUCCAGCUGGAAAAAGUGGGAGGGAAGGGCUCCCUGGGCUUAAAGGUGAAAAGGGCAAUGAUGGAGCUCAAGGCUCUCAAGGAUCAACAGGACCACCAGGCUCACCAGGCUCCCCAGGGCUGAUGGGCCCCCCCGGCAUUGAAGGACUGGAUGGGAAAGACGGUAAACCCGGACUGCGGGGAGAGACAGGCCCUCCAGGCCCAGCAGGCCCAAGAGGAAUUCCAGGAUUCAAAGGGAAACCUGGACAUGUUGGCUUUCCUGGGCAGAAGGGUGAUGUUGGACCCACAGGCCCUCCCGGACCUUCAGGCAGACCAGGACAUGAGGGUGAUCCUGGCACACCAGGAGCUCAGGGACGACCUGGACCCCCUGGACACGUUGGUUCUGCAGGUCAAUCUGGACCACCAGGACCCCCUGGUCCAUCAGGAGUGGGUGUAAAGGGAGAUAAGGGCCAGACUGGCGAGAGGGGUCUUCCAGGAAUGGGAGGCCCCCCUGGACCUCCUGGGCACCCAGGACCUAUGGGAGAGCCAGGCAGUGACGGUGUUGCUGGUAAAGAUGGAUCACAGGGUCUGCCGGGAGACAGUGGGCAGCCAGGUCAGAAGGGUGAACCAGGGGCACCCGGUCAAAGGGGCCCUGCAGGUGAGAGAGGUAGACCUGGACCACCUGGUGGUGGAGGGUAUCUUUCUAAGGAUGCACAGCCAAUGAUUGGGCCUGCUGGGCCCAGAGGGGAGAGAGGAAGCCCAGGCUCGGAAGGCCCUCCAGGACCCCCUGGACCUCCAGGGUCUUCAGGAAAUGAUGCUGUUGUCAAUUAUGAUGAAAUCAAAAACUUCAUCCGCCAGCAGGUCAUCAAGAUCUUUGAUGAGAGAAUGGCCUACUACAUGUCUCGCAUGCAGAUGCCAGUAGAGAUGGUGGCAUCACCCGGUCGGCCUGGGCCUCCGGGGAAAGAUGGAUCUCCUGGUAAUCCUGGGGCUCCAGGUGCACCUGGAUCACCAGGACAGAUCGGCAGACAAGGCCGGCCAGGAGGACAAGGACCCCCGGGACCACGAGGACCCCAUGGAGAGAAAGGUGAUAAGGGUGUUGGCGAGAUGGGAGACAUAGGGCCUCCAGGAGCACCAGGUAUGCCUGGUCCUCCAGGCUAUGGCAAGAUGGGACCUCCUGGUCCUGUUGGACAACAGGGUGUUCCAGGCAUCCCAGGACCUACUGGGCAGCCUGGUUCAAAGGGAAAUGAUGGCCGGUGUAAUCCUGCAGACUGUAUGAGCCAUCAAAUAGAAUACAGCCCCAAAGGCCCACCUGUCAAGGGCCCAUGGUAGAGCGCUGAAGUGAAAGGAGGCAGAGGGGACUGAAGUUAAGACACUAUGGAGAGGAAAGAAAGCCACCACACCAAGCACCAAAGUUAUUACCUGAAAGAAGGUACCGUUUGUUCUCAGCUGUAUAGAUUCUACCAAAGUAUAUUUCUUCUGCGGUUCUGAGCAAAAAUACAUAUUUGCUGCAACUGAGUCAUGUAAAGAUCACAUCACCAUUACAUCAUUUCCUCUCUAUGAAUGCCAAUUCAUUGCAUUUUUACUACCUUUUAUUUUUGUCUUGGCCACUGUUUCACCCUACCCAAGGGAGGUGACAACAAUCACAGUAUGUAUUUUUUUGCUUAUGUUUUGCUUCUGUUAUUAAUAUUUUGUUUUCUUUGUCUAAAUCUCUUGAAAGAGAAUACACACGAUUAUUGAAGCACAUCUUUUCUUUUCUCAGAAUCCCAUUCGAAACGCACCCCAUGCAUUUCUAAUAUCCUGUCUGUGCUUGAUUUGCGCUUUUAAGAGAAUACCCCAAGAAAUAUAUUUCAGUUCUGUAGAAACAUAUCAAAAAAUGAAUUGCCUUGUCACCCUUUUAGGGAUUGACUGUUUUGUAUAUAUUUAUAUUUAUAUAUAGUGGCUUUUUAUAUGUUUUUUUAAGGGUUUAAAUACACACGCUAGCCAAUUGGUUACACAGUAGUAUAAAUGCCAAAGAGAUUUUGUAUUCUAUAAAAGCCAAGGUUGCACACGACAGCAUAUUGGUGUUGUAAUUAUGUUCCCAAAUUUAAUUGUGUCUUUUCAAGUAGAGUUCUGUUGGAAAUACAUCUCAUCUCAUCUUGUGUUCCAGAGUAGCCGUAACAGCCAUCUGUCUGCCUCACCAGGCAGUAGUUUUAGAAAACAGGAACAAUAACAAAGCGCAUUCACCACAGGUACAGCAAUGCCACACAACAAAUGGCAAAUGUAGAUUUUCAUGUUGCUGUAUUUUUGGGUACGCUAUCUGUUAUGUUGCUCAUUUCCAUAUGUGGAAGCCAUGUAAUUUUAAGUCAUUUGCAGUUUUUACCAUCUACACAGUUUAUUUAGAAUUAAUUAUGUUGAAGUUAAAUUUCAUGUCAAGGAGGCUGUGCGAUGUGGUUGUUAUUGUCAAUGCUAAAAAACAAUAUUUAAAUAUGGUUUUCCAUGGAUAGAUUACAUGCACCACUUGGCACACAUGCAAUUUGCAUCUUGUAAUUUUGUGCUUUUGCUGCUUCAUAGUUUAAUAAAUUGAGAUGUUUUCCAUUUGCAUUAA